CGAAUUUUUUAAUAUGGGGACAAUUAUGUGUCCCUCAUAUUGGAGACGACUUUCAUUUUUUUGUCCCCAAAAGAAUAGAGGACAGAACCUAUAGGCACCAUCCAUGGGGACGACGCUUGUCGUCUCCAAAUCUUUUAGAGACGAAAAACCCUUGUUUCGGGCACAAUAGUUUUCGUCUCCAAUACGUAUUAAUUUUGUAAUGCAUCUUAUCCCACCGGGAUUCACAGUUAGAAGGCUAGAGCAUGAAGUUCAAGAAGUGGAGGAACAAGAUGGGGGCAAAAGAUUUGGGUUUGGAGAUGGACAGGGCGGCGGCGGCGAUGAAAGGAGGCUUGAGAUUGGAAGAGGAAAGAAAUCUCCAGGAAUCCGAACAAAGGGCCACGACGGUGGAGACAUGGCUGUUGUUUGGGUCGUAUCAUUAAGUCUCCUCGGCCCAACAUCAUGUCUUAGUGGGCUUGGCUGAAUAUGAUAACUGCCAGCACAUACAUGAAGGAUUGGAGGAGGAAGUGGUCUGCAGGAUGAAGAAAAGGGAAAGGAAUGGGCCUAGCAAUAGAUUUAAAUGAGGAAGCCCUUGCAUCUUUGAGCCCAGCAGAGGUCAUUUUCAUGGGUGGGCCUGGGGGACUAAACAAACAAAAAAGAAAAAUCAGAAGUAUAAGACUCACCAACUUGGAAGCUCAAAGGGGAAUCACUCAUAGGGAGAUCAAGAAGACACUAGAAGGAGAGGAAAGGCAACGGUUGUUCGCCAAAAGCCACCUCUUCAAGAAUGAUUAUAGUAAGUUGGAAUUGUAGGGGAUUUGGUUCAUCCCUUACAAGAAGUUAUGCAAAGCGUCUUUGUAAACGCUUAGGCCCUUCUAUUGUUUUCCUCAUGGAAACGAGCAAGAACGAGGAAUUCAUGGAGGAACAAAGAAGAAGUCUCAAAAUUUCCCCAAUAGAGAGUAUGUUGAACCGAUUAACUCUUCUAGGGUUUUUGCAUUAUGGUGGAAAGCGGGUAUUAAUAUUAAUGUUUUAAGUGGUGCUACUAUAUAGAUGUUAGUAUUGAUAUGGGUCGGAAGUUGUUUUUUUUUUUUUUUGUACUUUUGUUCAUGCACCCUCUACCGUUGUUAUAGAAGAGUUUUUUGGGAGCACCUGAGCACUCUUCGGAGUAGUAGGGAGGAUAGUUGGGUUAUUGUAGGGGAUUUCAAUGCUGCUAUCUAUGAAAACGAAAAUAACGGUAGAUGUCCCCUUAGGUACGAGAAUGUUGAACCCGUUAAAAGGUUUAUUUUCCAUAAUGGUCUUAUUGAUCUAGGAUUUAAAGGAGAAUCUUUUACCUGGACAAAUAAGAGCACGGGGCAGAAUACAACGAGAGUCUGUUUAGACCGAGUGAUAUGCUCAACAUCUUAGAGAACCCUCUUCGGGGAGGCGGUUGUCUUCCAUGAGAAGAUGGUGGAAUCAUAUUAUUGUCUAAUCAGACUGGAGCUCCACUACAAACAUAAUAGAAGGAGAAAGACGCUUUUAGGGUGGACGAGAGAUGGCUAGAGAAAGAAGAAUGUAAGGAAAUUAUGGCCCGAGCAUGGGACCCAGGGGGUCAAUCGUCCAACCAACUUAGCAAAUGUGAGUGGGAUCUCAAAAAGUGGUCAAAGGAUUUCCGUAGAAACAGUUUACAAAGGGAGAACGCUAUCCUUGAUCGACUUGAGAUACUUCAGCGCCUGCUUAGAUCACAGGAUAGUGUGGAUGAAGAAAAGACUCUCACGAAAGAAUAGUAGAGAAUAUGGAUGGAAGAGGAAGCCUUCUGGAACCAGUGCUCGAGGGUGAAUUGGCUUCAGAAAGGUGACCAUAAUACUUCUUUUCUCCAUUCAAGUACGAUUCUUAGAAAACAUAAGAACAAAAUCCUUAGACUCAAGGAUAAUGGGGGAUAUUGGGUGGAAGAUGAGAAUAGGCUUAAAGGAUUAUCCCAAGAUUUCUACAAAGAGCUUUUUAGAGCUAGAAACCCUAUUCCUUUUAACCAUAUGUUGGAGGGAUUCCCAGAAAGUGUCACUACAGAGAUGAAUGAAGCACUGUGUGUGCCAGUGACCAAUGAGGAAAUUAGGAAAUCAGUCUUUACAUUAGGAGCGAGGAAAGCUCCCGGUCCGGAUGGUUUCUUUGGUCGGUUCUAUCGACGCUUUCUGGGAUAUCAUUGGGGAGACGUUGUGCAGAGAAAUUAAAGACUCUUUCGAGUCUGCCUCAAUGCCCCAUGGUUGGAAUGACAUGCAUAUUUUUUUGAUUCCCAAGGUCAAUAACUAAGAGAUGAUAAG